UCAUCACUCAGAGCCCAUUGUGCCGCAGAGACGCCUAAACUAACGGCUGGUGCAGUGCAAUUCGAUUGGUGUUUUCUCCGCGAGCGUUCUGCUCUAAUAUGUGUGCCAUCAAGCUGCAAAAACGGCGACGCGUGGACAUUAUGAAGGGGCGUGUUAUUUCUGUGACACAUCUCCACCAAUAAGCCCUUCACUUGUAUGCGUUUUGCUAAGGAGGAAUGCAUGCUGGACAGAGGCUGUAAUAUCACAGAGGAUUUUUACAUAUUAGCCAACUGCUAAGGGAAAUAAGAGGACGCAACCGUAUCAUUUUUUGUUCGCACCCGCCCUGAAAACUGUAAGGCAACUAGAGAUCGGGCGCUGCCGUUGGUAGGCUACCCACCGCUUAUACCUGAUCACCAGCGCUGCCCGCGCGCAGAUCCCUUUAGCUGAGUUUGGAAAGCGAUGGGUGAAGUCUGCUUGCUCCACUGCUGGAAACCCAGGCAAUGACAAAUGCUGUACAACAGGAUGGAUUUACCAACGAAAGAAAUAGUGGCGUUUAUUAUUGCAUGCUGCUGUUGGUUACAUGCUCACGCAGAGGUCAUCGCUGAUGACAGCUACUUAAACACAGUGCAAAAUGCAGCUCCUCUCUCCUGCUCGGAGGGCUUCACUGAGCUGGGCUACUACAACGGCACCGUGUCCCAGACUGACUCAGGCUCGCCCUGUCUGAAGUGGACCGAGUUCCCCGACUACGUCCAGCAGUACCCGGGCCGGGGGCUGGGGGAGCACAGCUACUGCCGAAACCCGGACCGCGAGUCCAACCCCUGGUGCUUCUUCCGCCAGAGCUCCGGGGCCAUCGGCUGGGCCUACUGCGACUGCCACCAGGGUGUUGCCAGGCUGGUAGGUGGCCCCUCCUCCACGAGCGGACGCCUGGAAGUGUACCUGAAUGGCCAGUGGGGGGCGGUGUGUGACACUCACUGGACGGACCGCGAUGCCAGUGUGAUCUGCAGGCAGCUGGGACUCGGCGAGAUCGGCACGGCGCUCCAGAACUCCCACUUUGGGGCAGGCUCCGGAAUCUUCCACUACGAGCGCCUGGGCUGCCGCGGCAACGAGGCCUCCACCCUGCAGUGCCAGAGCAGGAAGUUCGUCACCAGCGACUGUAACCACGGGAACGAGGCCGGGGUCGCGUGCGCGCCGCCGGAAGGGAACGACGCCCCCUUGAGGUUGGUGGACGGCGCGGAGGAGUUCGAGGGCAGGGUGGAGGUGUUCCACAGCGGCCGGUGGGGCACCAUCUGCGACGACCAGUGGGACGACGUGGACGCCGAGGUGGUGUGCCGGCAGCUGGGGUUCGGGGGCGUGCCGAAGGCUUGGUCGUGGGCACACUUUGGGCAGGGGACUGGGCCCAUCCUGCUGGACGCAGUGCAGUGCACGGGGAACGAGCUCUCCCUGGAGGAGUGUCCCCACGGAGGCUGGGAGCAGCACAACUGUGACCACAUGGAGGACGCGGGCGUGUCCUGCAGCCCCUACACCGACGGGGUGGUGAGGCUGGUCGGGGCUGAUAUUCCCUGGGAGGGGCGUCUGGAAGUGUUCCAUAAUGGCGACUGGGGGACCGUGUGCAGCAAUGGCUGGACGGAGCUCCAUGCACGUGUGGUGUGUCGUCAGCUGGGGUUCAGGGGGCGAGCGGAGGUGGCGGUGGACGGGGCCUUCGGCGAGGGCAGCGGGCUGAUCCUGCUGGACGGCGUGCGCUGCUCGGGCUCGGAGCGCUCGCUGCUGGACUGCGGGCACGGCGAGUGGGGGCGCCACGGGUGCAGCCACCGCCAGGACGUGGCCGUGCGCUGCGAGAGACACGUGGAGACCAACCAGGUCCCGGGACCCCCGCCCGUCACAGGCAUGCUGGUGCGCCUGGCGGGGGGCCAGAGCAGGAAGGAGGGGCGAGUGGAGGUGCUGAUGAACGGGCAGUGGGGCAGCGUCUGUGACGACGGCUGGAACGACCUCAACGCCGCCGUGGUCUGCAGGCAGCUGGGAUUCAGCGGGGUCUCCAAGGCUCGCACGAUGGCGUACUUCGGCGAGGGCCGCGGGCCCAUCCACCUGGACAACGUGCGGUGCACGGGGAAGGAGGCGUCCCUGGGGGAGUGUCCCGCCCAGGGGCAGGACGCCCACGACUGCCGGCACGGCGAGGACGCGGGGGUCACCUGCGACCACGCCCCGGGCUCAGCGGGGGAUGGCGGUGCCGGCGUGCGGUCCUGCGGCCUGCGACCCAGCACGCUGCACCACAUGAAGAACUCUGCCGGGAAGGACAAGCCAUCCAGGGGUGAGUGGCCGUGGCAGGCCUCUCUCUGGCUGAAACCUCACUCUAAAGGGAACCAUCCUCUCUGUAGUGCCACACUGAUCAACCCCUGUUGGGCCCUCACUGCUGCUCACUGCUUCAAUAGGUUCGGCAGAGACCCCUCGCGCUACGUGCUACGGCUCGGUGACUACCACGUCUCGGAGCGGGACGGGCCCGAGCGCAGCCUGUCGCCCGAGCGCAUCGUGGUCCACAGGAAGUACGAGAUCCAGGGCUGGGAGCACGACGUCGCCCUGAUGAGGCUGCGCGGGGAGGAGGGGAGCUGCGUGACCUUCGACCCCCACACCAACGCCGCCUGCAUGCCCGGCGUGGGCAGCACAUGGGGAAAAAAGCCAGCCACCUGCCUCAUCAUGGGCUGGGGCCUCACAGACUCAGAGCGCUCGCACACCCUUUCGCCGGCCUGGGUACCCCUGCUGCCCUCCAUGGCGUGCAAGAAGCGCUACGGCGAGCGUUUCACCAGCCACAUGCUGUGUGCGGGCGACCCCGCGGGCCGGCGGCGCACGGGCAGCUGCCACGGCGACAGCGCGGGCCCCCUGCUGUGCCAGGGCGAGGACGGGCGCUGGAACCUGGUCGGGGUCACCUCCAGGGGUCAGAGCUGCAGCGACCCCACCCUCCCCGGGGUGUACACCCGCACCGGCAGGUUCCUGCACUGGAUCGAGCACGCGGUGCGCGGCCCUGCCGAGAUCUGACGCGCCAUUGGUCGAGGCUGGGUCAUGUGACUCCUGCAGUAGAGGAGGGGGUUAUGGGGGUUGUGGUGCAGUCCUGGGAUCAGGCUCAUGCUCUGCACCAAAACGCGACAGGAUAAAGGCUUUUUUAGAUUUA